UAGACGGCAAAGAUCYUCACAAUAAACAAAAUUCAAUCACCAACUCGAAGCAUACUACAAGAAGAACAAGCAAGACUCUUCUUGCUAAGACAAACUGAAAAUGACCGACUACGCCAAACGCCCARAAAUCACCGUUGAGACCAUGGUAAGCUUAAAUCCAAAAUAGCCUAUGGCUUUGACACCAUUUUCGCUCGGAUCGGAUUCCGGGAUCUAGUCGCGUGGCCACGAUGCAUGACUUCUACAACCCGRAAUUUSAACUGGAUAUAAUGGGUCGCAUUAUCAGUGGCCAUCGAAUGGGCUGCAUUCGAAAUCCAAAAAGCGUCGCAUUAUUGGAAUUUGAUGUAUUGACGACCAACCGAACAAGAAGCAAUUGGUCAGAAGCAUUCAUGGCCAAUGUUUUCAUCAUUCGCSACUGCUCUAUGUUGCCGACGUCUCAGUUCGAUUCUACCAGUGAAUGGUAUCUUUUUUCUUCGUUGCAAAUUCGACUCACAGCUUAUUCUGGGCGACCAAUAUUACAUCUCAAUUUAGGGAAAGGUCCACAAUCCAACUGGGCAAGGCGUCAAGGCGGUAUCUUCUCAAGUCCAAGCCAAGGCAGAAAAGCUUAGCAAAAAAGCAAACGGAGUGAAAAGCAAUGGGGAUGAAGCAGCUGMCAACAAGAAACAUUCCAACAUCCMAACCGCUAUCACUGUCAAUGAACAGCAUGCUACGAAGACAAAGGAGGGGACAGCAAAGCGCAAUAUCCAACGCAAAAAGACCGAUGGCAACUUUGAUUCGCGCAACAAAAAGCACGGAGGACACGGCAAGGGCCAAUGGAAGGAGGACAUCAUUUAUGACGAUGAAAUAGAGCCACUGGACGAAAACGAUCCACUCUACGACGAAACCGAAGGGAAAUAUGUUCUGGGGAGUACCGAAGACCCAGAAUCUCGCCACUACGAUCCAAAUGAAGGUCGGGUUGUCUACGGGCCUAUGCUGACAYUGUCGGAGUUUAAACUCCAAGUGCAUCAAAAUCUUGAAGAGUACUUUGACUCGUGUGAYACGGACGAGGUUAUUCGUUCCAUAGACGAAUUGAAGUGCAAAGAGUAUCAUUCAAACAUCGUGAAAAAGGCUGUGUCGAUCAGUCUCGACAAGCACCCGAGAGAACGAGAGCUCGUGUCGCGUCUUUURACGUGUCUUCAUCCAACACCGCUUACAGAYAAAGAUAUGGAAGAGGGGUUCGAAAUUCUUCUUGAUUCUUUGGAUGAUUUGACGACAGACGUCCCGGAUGCAAAAGUGAGUGAAAGAUUGUAGGUCUCUUAGCAUUGCACUAGUAUUUCCGCCUUUUGUUUGCUCACACCCAUCAAUCGUCUCCRUUUACCACCACCUUCAUGGUAYAGACAAUGGUUGCCAAUUUUUUGGCUCGAGCUGUUGUAGAUGAGGUGUUACCUCCUGCAUUCCUUUCCGAACAAAACAACAAACGGGCGGGCGACAUCGURAUCGAGAAAUCCAUUUCUUUGUUAUCCAGAGAGCACUGCACAGCUCGUCUAGAACGAGUAUGGGGCCCCGGGGAUGGCCGCCCUGUCGCCGAACUCAAAGUUGAAAUGGAUCAAAUGCUUCAAGAAUACUUAUUGAGUCGAGAACUCGACGAGUGCGCUCGCUGCGUCAAGGAACUCGACACAGACCAUUACAUGCAUGAACUCGUCAAGCGAGGUGUCAAAAUUGCGAUGGAGGAAGACGGAAAGGAUUURACCACACAGCACGAAAAAUCUGCGAUUGAUGCCAUGGCUGCACUUUUUGGCUUUUUAGUCAAGAACGCCAUCAUCUCGGAGCACCAAGUAUCUAAGGGGGUUGACCGCCUCCACCGUGUGUUAGACGAUUURAAACUGGACGUCCCAGCAGCACCAACCCUAUUGAAAGAUUUUGAAGAAAUUUUGAAGGAGGAAAUACCCACUAUCGCACUCGACGAAGCAACGGAGUAGAUUGGUAUUAUAAGUUUAGUGGUCACAUGAGACCACCCAUUAGGAUUACUCAGAUCUGUCCUGAAWUUUCUAGUAUUCGAUAUUCCAUAAACAUAAAACCACAACCAUUUGCGCAAUCAC